AUGAUCUCGUCCAGCGUGCCCGCAAGGGUCUGCAGUUCCACUGCCCGCAGCCUUCAAGUCUCGAGUGUGUUGCGCCAUGGAAUCUCUCCCUCGAGCUGUGAUGCUUUACAGUUCUCCCUCUUUGCACGCAACCUGCAAUGCUCCGCUCAACACCCUCGUCAAAACGCUCUCCAUUCCACAUCUCGCCGAUCCUUUCAUUCCUCCUCACGCCAACAAUCCAAGUCCUCGUCUUCCUUCAACCGAAUCUCAUACAAGCUUGCCGUCUCCUCCUCUGGCAAGGGUCGGCGCUUUCACCCUCUCAAAAAUGCCUACCACUUUGAUCCCGCGGUCUCCGACGUGAUCGGAGUCUCUCGAGACCCGGAUCCUGGUGUUCGCCGGCGCAAUCGUCCAGACAGCGGUGAAGAUGCCUUCUUCGUCAGUCGCGUGGGUGCCGAAACGUCGGGCCAUCCGGACACAGACGGUGCUGUGGCCUUUGCCAUCGCGGAUGGAGUGGGCGGUUGGACGGAGUCCCGAGUAGAUCCGGCGGACUUUUCUCACGGUCUAUGUGGCUAUAUGGCUCAGUCGGCGUUGGCGUGGGAUUCGCCCGCGGAGAAAUUGCGUCCCAAGCAGCUGUUGCAAGCGGGAUAUGAUCAAAUUGUGAAAGAUCCCACAAUCAAGGCGGGAGGCAGCACCGCCUCCGUCGGGGUGGCCCUUCCUGAUGGUCGAGUGGAGUUGGCCAACCUAGGCGAUUCAGGCUCCGUCCUGCUUCGUCUCGCGGCCGUGCAUCAUUACUCCGUCCCGCAAACCCAUGGCUUCAAUACGCCUUAUCAACUCAGUGUGAUUCCUCCCAAAAUGCGUGCCCAGGCGUCGGUCUUUGGGGGAUCUUUCCUAGAAGAUACCCCCCAGGACGCGGCCGUGACCAAUGUCCAGAUGCAACAUGGUGAUGUGCUCAUCCUGGCGACUGACGGUGUCUUUGAUAACCUGAACAAUCAGGAUAUCUUAAAGAUCGUCACCACUCGGAUGGUAAUGACCGGUGCCUGGACAGCGACUGAGGAUUCGGGAGUGAAGAUCUCAGACGAGAUUGCCCGUCUGACGGCCCUCGAGUCCGUCUACACAUUACAGUCUCUGCUCGCCGCCUCCAUCGCCGGCGAGGCCAAAGUGGCCAGUAUGGACUUCCGACGGGAUGGGCCCUUUGCCAAGGAAGCCCAGCGCUAUUACCCCGGAGACUAUUAUCGCGGCGGUAAAGUGGAUGACAUUUGUGCUUUGGUGAUGGUUGCUAUUGAUGAAAGCUUGAUCAAGGCGGAGUGA